AUGUCUUACUUCGACUCGCCCGCAUUCCUCUGUCACACCCUACAAAUGCUCACCGUCCUCGAGGUCCCCCUUCACACUCUCGGCACCUACUGUAUUCUGUUCAAGAGUCCGGCCUCGAUGAAAACCGUCAAAUGGAGCCUGCUGAACUUGCACUUUUGGAGCGCGUUCCUCGACGUCUCACUGGGCCUCCUCGCCACUCCGUUAGUGAUGUUCCCGGUGAUUGCCGGCAUUCCUCUCGGUCUUCUUACGCAUUUCGGUUUUCCGCCGGCGGUACAGACGUAUUUGGUGUGUUCUUUGCUGGCAAGUGAGUCAAUCAAUCAACCCCACAAUGUUUUGUUGUAAAACCAAAUUUUCAGCGGUCGCAGUAGCAAUUUUGCACAUUUUCGAAAGACGCUAUUAUGUUCUGUUCGGACGAACGACUCGCUGGCGAUAUUGUCGUGUUCCGUUCCUGCUCCUCAACUACACUUUCACUUUUGUCUACUUCAUCCCUUCAUGUCUUCAUAUCCCGGAUCAAGCGUCCGCUCGAAUCAUUGUGCUUCAGGUUUGAGAAGCUUGAGGUGUUUACUAGGGCUUACACUUUUCCAGAUUCUAGAAAACAUCUCAAGUGAAAUGAUACAAGAACCCAAUGAAAUAUUCGUUCUGACCCUUGAAGCAGAGAAUACGGUCAUUCCGGCCACCGCAAUCACACUUUUCAUCGUUGGCGAGUUGAUCGUUUUCAAGUAUUUGUUGGAAAAGGGUCUGCGGCGACAGGUUCAAACUAUGAAAUUAUCUGGAAGAAGUUAUAGACUGCACAAGAAGUUUCUAAAAGUUAUAAAGAUUCAGGUAAGCUAAUCAGAUUUCACCGAAAUUCAACACGUUCAGAUCCUGAUUCCCGCGCUAAUCCUUCUCGUUCCACUCUUCUACACGGCAUCAGCGAUGCUAUUCAAUUACUACAAUCAAGCGCUCAAUAACGUUGUGAUCAUAAUUCUGUCGGCUCACGGACUCGCUUCCACCAUCACAAUGUUGCUCAUUCAGACGGACUAUCGUGAAUUUGUGAUGCGUCGGCGCAGCAGGGCCAACAAGAGAUCGGUGCCGUUUCCGGUCGUUGUGGAUUCGCAGAAACUGAAAGCGUAG